ACACACACACUCAACACACCUUGGUUCUGCUCCUGUCACCCGUCUAUACUCAUGUUGCGCUCGUUCGGAUUCAUUCUGCUCUAGACACGGACAUCAUGCAGCUGAAACCAGACGCUUUCUUCAUAGGGUUUUGAUCCAAACAUAUUUAACAUGUGGGAGUUCCCGAGGACUCGUUACGCGGACUGUAACGGGUCAGAAGCGAGUGAGGAGACGGAGAUUGCUGUGAAUAUCGGCGGUGUCAAGCACAUUCUCUACGGGGACGUGCUGAACCGAUAUCCCGAGACACGUUUGGCGGAGCUGGUGAACCGAUCCACGGAUUCCACACAAGAUCUCUGUGCGCUCUGUGAUGACUACGACGACUUAAAGCGAGAGUUUUACUUCGACAGAGACCCAGAGGCCUUCAAAUGCAUCCUAGAGCUGUAUUACUACGGAGAGAUUCAUAUUAAGCGAGGAAUCUGUCCCAUGUGCUUCAUGAGAGAGAUGGACUACUGGGAGAUCGACGCGGAGUAUCUGGAUGAAUGCUGUAUAAGCAAUUUAAAUGAGGUGCAAACCGAGCUGGCGGAAAUAGCAGAUAAGGUCAAGACCAUCCUGGAUGAUCUGGAGGAUGAUGAGACGGUCACUAGAGGUCAGAGGUGCCAAGCGUUUCUGCGGAAUCUCAUGGAGAAACCAGAGUCAUCUUUAGCCGCGCGCAUAAUCGCAGUGGUGUCGUUCGCCUUGAUCCUGCUCUCCUCUGUGGUCAUGUGCGUGGGAACCAUCCCCGAGCUGCAAGUGCAAGAUGCUCAGGGUAACCACGUGGAACACCCGACCCUUGAGUCCAUCGAGACGGCUUGCAUCAUCUGGUUCACAGUGGAGUACAUUUUGCGUUUCCUGUCUUCUUCGAACCAGGUGCGCUUUGUGUUUUCCUUCAUGAAUAUAAUAGACUUUCUAGCCAUCAUGCCGUUCUACGUGGUGCUGAUUCUUACGCAUUUGGGCACUGCUAUCAUGGAGCUCGCCAACGUCCAGCAGGCGGUUCAGGCGUUGCGCAUCAUGCGCAUUGCGCGCAUAUUUAAACUUGCGCGCCAUUCAUCAGGUCUGCAAACUCUUACAUUCGCACUAAAGAGCAGCUUGAAAGAGCUGGGUCUGCUGCUCAUGUACAUGAGUGUGGGGAUAUUCCUGUUUUCCGCGCUGGGGUACACAUUGGAGCAAAGCCACCCGGAGACCAUGUUCACCAGCAUCCCACAGUCCUUCUGGUGGGCUAUCAUUACUAUGACCACCGUGGGUUACGGAGACAUCUACCCUAAAACAACACUGGGCAGGUGUAACGCCGCCGUAAGUUUUCUGUGUGGCGUAAUAGCUAUAGCAUUGCCAAUCCACCCGAUAAUUAACAACUUCGUCAUUGUUUACAGUAAGCAGCGUGUGCUAGAAACUGCUGCCAAGCAUGAGAUCGAACUCAUGGCGUUGCGCGCGAAGGAGGAAGCGCUGGAGUGUCCGGAGACUGGAAGAACGGCUUCGGCUGGCAGCAGCUCGGUGUGGGAUAGCGCUGCCGUGAGCGCGUCACAGAGUGACACAUACAUCCCGUUACUUGGUGAUCCAACAAAUGUGUCCAAAGGCCAACCUGCCCACAAAUGCAAGAACAACUAGAGAGUGAUUUGCGCUUGGCCUCUGCCACUAGUUCAGAAUAAUAUAUGAUUAUUUUGAUUAUUUUAUAUUAAACAGAAAUAAUUAGUAUGAACAGUACACUGUAAUUAGAGUCUGGAAUACGGCUGAACUUGUUCAAUAAUCGUUAAACUAUCUAUCUAUCUAUCUAUCUAUCUAUCUAUCUAUCUAUCUAUCUAUCUAUCUAUCUAUCUAUCUACCUAAUGUUUAAAUAUAUAGUUGAUGUAACUCUAACCCUCCGCUCAACAAUAAAUGGUUUCAUGUCAG